CCGCUUCAGAUAAUUUUUCACUCUCUCCCAUUAAUUAAUCCCGAGUCCCAUAGAUUUCUUUGUGAGAGAUUGUUUAUAUAUAUAUAUACAUAUAUAUAUAUAUAUAUUACGGAGAGGUAAUAUUCGCUUUUCGCGCUUUUUUUUUACUUAUGAUCGGAUUAGGUCUUUUAAACAGCAAUGAUCCGUUCGACGUUUACACGAUAAUCCGAUUCCGAGUUUUCUGAAUCACUUCUUUGCAAUCUGAUCACCGUUUGUUUUUGUAAUUAAGAGAGAUCGAAACCGAUUGAAAUGGAUUUAGAUAUGAACGGAGGUAACAAGAGAGUCUUUGAGAGACUAGGCGGCUCGAAUCGGCCGACGACGGAGUCAAACCAGAAGGUUUGUUUCCACUGGCGGGCUGGCCGGUGCAAUCGUUACCCUUGCCCUUACCUACACAGCGAAUUCCCGGGUCCCAUCGCCGGGUCUUCUUCGAACAAAAGGGUCGCUGAUGAGUCUGGUUUCGCGGGUCCGAGUCAUCGUAGAGGUCCCGGGUUCAGUGGGAGCAGUAAUAACUGGGGCAGAUUCGGUGGGAACAGAACGACGAUGGUGGCUAAGACGGAGAAGCUUUGCAGAUUUUGGGUUGAUGGGAAUUGCCCUUACGGUGAUAAAUGCAGAUACUUGCAUUGCUGGAGCAAAGGGGAUGGCUUUUCCUUGUUGACUCAGCUUGAUGGCCAUCAGAAGGUUGUCACUGGGAUUGCUCUGCCAUCAGGUUCUGAUAAGCUCUACACGGCGAGUAAAGAUGAAACUGCGCGGAUCUGGGAUUGUGCUUCUGGACAGUGUACAGGUGUACUCAAUCUUGGUGGGGAAGUUGGCUGCAUGAUUAGUGAAGGCCCCUGGCUAUUGGUUGGCUUGCCAAAUCUCAUUAAGGCAUGGAAUAUCCAAAACAACGUAGACCUGAGUCUCACUGGACCUGUUGGCCAAGUAUAUUCAAUGGUUGUGGGUACUGAUCUGCUGUUCGCUGGCACACAAGAUGGCUCUAUUUUGGUUUGGAGAUACAAUGCUGCCACUAGCUGUUUUGAUCCGGCUGCAUCGCUAAUGGGCCACACCCUUGCAGUUGUUUCUUUAUAUGUUGGAGCGAACAGACUCUAUUCCGGUUCCAUGGACAAUUUUAUAAAAGUUUGGAGCCUGGAUAAUUUACAGUGUAUACAAACGCUUACAGAGCAUACAUCAGUUGUCAUGUCUCUCAUUUGCUGGGAUCAAUUUCUUCUGUCAUGUUCAUUGGACAAUACCGUUAAGAUAUGGGCUGCUACUGAAGGUGGAAACUUGGAAGUGACUUACACUCACAAAGAAGAAUACGGCGUGCUAGCUCUCUGUGGCGUGCAUGAUGCAGAAGCCAAACCGAUAUUGCUAUGCUCGUGCAAUGACAAUUCUUUGCACCUCUAUGAAUUGCCAUCGUUUACGGAAAGGGGCAAAAUUUUAGCAAAUCAAGAGAUAAGGUCCAUCCAGAUAGGUCCUGGGGGCAUAUUCUUCACCGGAGAUGGAACUGGUCAAGUUAAAGUAUGGAAGUGGUGUACAGAACCAACUGCCAUUCAGUCUUGAGGGUUUGUUAUACAAUCCGCUAAGAUGGAUUGAAGCAUUGUUGAGACGUUUAUAAAUGUUUAUGAAUACAAGAGUUACUUAAGAAUUGUGUAUAAUUGUUUGUCAAUGAAUUGUUGAAAUUGAAAUGACCGGUUGUUUAAGUUUUAACAAAUAAAU